CCAGCGACUUCCUGUGCAGGCUCGCAAUCGCAGCCCGCGGCGCUAGAGGGUCUGGGGGCGUGCGAGCCGAGCGCCCACCCAGCUCAGCCGAGCGCCCGCUCCUCCCUCGCCCGGCCCGGCCACAUCCGCAGCGCCCAGCUGGCAGCCAUGGGGCAGAGCGACCUGAUGAGCACCGCCGAGGACUUCGCCGACCAGUUCCUGCGCGUGACAAAGCAGUACCUCCCGCAUGUGGCCCACCUCUGCUUGAUCAGCACCUUCCUCGAGGACGGCAUCCGCAUGUGGUUCCAGUGGAGUGAGCAGAGGGACUACAUAGACGCCACGUGGAACUGCGGCCACUUCCUGGCCUCCGUCUUCGUGUUCAUCAACCUCUUUGGACAGUUAAGUGGCUGCAUCCUAGUAUUGAGUAGGAACUUUGUCCAGUAUGCCUGUUUUGGGUUGUUUGGAAUUAUAGCAUUGCAGACAAUUGCAUACAGCAUUUUAUGGGACCUGAAGUUUUUGAUGAGAAACCUUGCUCUCGGGGGUGGUUUGCUGCUGCUGCUGGCCGAAUCGCGGUCGGAGGGGAAAAGCAUGUUUGCGGGUGUGCCUACCAUGCGGGAAAGCUCUCCGAAGCAGUACAUGCAGCUGGGUGGACGGGUGCUCCUAGUCCUCAUGUUCAUGACGUUGCUGCAUUUUGAUGUUAGCUUCUUUUCGAUCCUCCAGAACAUGGUGGGCACGGCCUUGAUCAUCCUCGUGGCCGUGGGCUUCAAGACCAAGCUGGCCGCCCUGACCUUGGUGAUCUGGCUGUUUGCCAUCAACAUCUAUUUCAACGCCUUCUGGACCAUCCCGGCCUACAAGCCCAUGCACGACUUCCUCAAGUAUGACUUCUUCCAAACCACGUCCGUGAUCGGAGGCCUCCUCCUGGUGGUAGCGCUCGGCCCCGGUGGCGUCUCCAUGGACGAGAAGAAAAAGGAGUGGUAGACGAGGGGAAGGCAGGCGCGGCAUCUCAGAAUCUGGGGACUCCGUGUGGGUUCGGCAGGGGGCUAAAAACUGUCAACAUUUUACGCCUGUGCCUCUGUUCCCUUCUUGAAGGCACUUCGUGGGGGGGAAUUGUUUUGGGUUUUUUAGUUGACAGCGGCAUCGAUAAUCUUGGUACCAGAUUUUCAGCAAGAAACAUUUCUCCAGAGUCAGUGUUGUGCUCUCUUUUGUAAUUUCCUAAAAUCGGAACCAAGAAGCUGGCUUGCCAAAUGCCAUACAGGCACCACAUCCAUCGCCUUUAAUUUCCUUGACAGUUUUUUUUUCUUAAAAAAAAAAAAACUUAAACUACUGUGAUCCGA